CCCCAAACUGCAUUCUAAUUCUAAAAUCUAUCUUUAAAACAAGAGUUCGUUAAGUAAUCCAAGUCUAGAAGUUGUAUUAUUGAAGAUGAAACUCAACUUUUCAAUCUUAAUCAAGCUUGCGAUUAUACAAUACCUUUCAGUUCUUUGUGUUUCUGAGGAUUUUGGUUUUUUCUACUUCGUUCAACAGUGGCCAGGAUCAUACUGUGACACAAAACAUAGCUGUUGCUAUCCAAGGACUGGAAAACCAGUUGCAGAUUUCGGCAUUCAUGGACUUUGGCCUCAGAAUGAAGAUGGCUCGUACCCACAAAACUGUAACCGGGAUAAUGCUUUGGAUGAAGACCAGAUCUCAGACUUGACAAGCAGUUUGCAAAAGGAUUGGCCAUCACUGUCCUGCCCCAGCAGCACUGGCUUCAGGUUUUGGUCACAUGAAUGGGAAAAGCACGGGACAUGCGCUGAGUCAGAAGAAAUUGACCAGCACGGUUACUUUGAAGCAGCUCUUAAGCUGAAGGAAAAGGCAAACCUUCUCCAAGCUCUUGAUAAUGCAGGAAUUAAACCAGACGAUGAAUUUUAUGACUUGGACAGCAUAAAAGAAGCUAUAAAAGAUGCUACUGGAUUUACUCCUGGCAUAGAGUGCAAUAUCGAUGCAUCCAAAAAUAGCCAGCUCUACCAGGUUUUCAUGUGUGUAGACAUUUCUGGGUCAGAAUUCAUAGAAUGUCCGGUGCUACCAAAGAGAAGAUGUGCAUCUAAGGUUCAGUUUCCUAAGUUUUAGAUGACUGCUGUUAUCUUAGGGGAGAAAGAUUCUGCAGUAUUUGUGGGUUAUCUGACCGUAUUCCUUCCUUUAUUGAGCCUCUGGCUAUAAAAUUGCAUGAGCUUGGCUAUGCAUCCUGUAAUAACAUGUCUUCUGUAAGUCUUUGUUAAUGCAUUGAUUUCCUUUA